AUGUCGUACCACACUGAUCGAACCUCUCCCAUAUCAAGCACAGAACAACUCAAAAGCCCCAGUGGUCAAUCAACUGUAUCAACAACUCCAAUAAACGAGAGACAGUCGAGCCUGAAUCGCGCUCUACAGAGUUUACUUAUUGCCCCGCAGUCCAAGGGUGCGGGCGGAACAACUUAUUCGCCUAGAGGCACCUCAACGCGCAGUCCAGUCGAACCACUUGUGUCAUCGCCUUUACGCAUCAUUUCCUCAGCUAUGGCAUCUGCUCCAAGUUCGCCAGAGCGGCACACGGCUGAUCCUGGGGUUAUCCCUCGCAGAUCAUCCGACCAGCCUGUUGACAUUGUUCGACCAACUACAGGCCGGCUUGGCAAUGAUUAUGACGCAAAUUCUGGGGAAAAUCCUCAUAUCAAAAAGCGUUUUCUCCAAGCGCGGGACAGAUCUCAAGGCCGGAAGAGCAUGGCUGCCAUGGUGUCUAACCGAUUCAAAAGCUUCCGUCGGGACUCUUCACAGGGAUCUUCCCAUCUUCAAGACACAUCACGGGGAUCUUCCCAGCGUGGAUCGUCACUUGACUCCAGGUCUCCCCAUUCCCCGGAGCGGGGUCGGCCCGGUUCGUCUGGUGGCCAUUCUUCACACAUCGAAACUUUCAAGCGAGCUCCUACUAGUUCGGAAAAGGGGAACGCAGUAAUUAUAAACGAUUCCCUCAAUAAGUCUGACGACGCACUGGUGAGACCAUCUGGGAGUCUUCCUGCUUAUAUCAAACCCACAGCCUCAGAGGAAGGAGGAGAGCGACUACCCAAGGACGUGUUCGACCGCGAUAAGAACAUGAUUGAGAGCAGCGAGGAUGAAGCCCACGACACCUCAAGUGAUGACGACAGUACUCUCGAGGGCCAAAGAGGCCGCAGCAAGAAGAAGAAGGGUUCUGAUAUUACAUCUAUCACCAAAAGUGAUUUUGAAACCCCCAAGGAUAACAAGCCAACACAGCCCGAAGAACAAAAAUCGUAUGACAAGUCAAGCGGGUCACAAGGAAAGAAACCCCGGAAAUCUGCUUUGAAGGCUGUUGUACAUCCACAGACAAGUUUCGACAUCCCGACUCCUCGCCUUCAGUCGGUUGCUGGCACACCUUACGGUUCCGAGGAUGAAGCUGAGAUUGGCGACAUUCAUCGUGCCCAGAAGCUCAGCAUUUCCAUGUCGGCAAUUGAUAAUGGUGUCCCCAACCGAUCAAUUAGAACCAUCGUUCGCGGCAACUUUUCAACUCUGCAAGAUCAAGGAGAUGGCAGCCGUCGUCGACCGCGCAAAUAUUUAAUUGCCACCGACCUAAGUGAAGAGUCGGUAUAUGCACUCGAGUGGACCAUUGGAACAGUUCUGAGAGAUGGAGACACAAUCUACGCCAUCUACGUCAUGCACGAGGAUUCGACAACCACCUCGGCCGUUCAGGUUGGUGAGGGAGCAAAGGUGAUGAAAGAUGCAACAGCUGUUGUUGGCAGCCAGACAAAAGAAGCAAACCAACAUGGAUCACGUACGAUCCUGGGUCGUCUCGGAACCGGUACUAGCAGCAAAACACAUUCUGCUGAUUCUCGAGGAGCGUCUAUCGCGGAGGCGGAACGGGUACGGGCAGUUGAGACCGUGUCUCAGACUUGCGUGAACCUGCUGCGCAAAACGGUCUUGCAGGUCCGUAUUGCCGUGGAAGUGAUUCACUGCAAGAACCCGAAAUCUAUGAUCACCGAAGCCGUUGGUUCUCUCCUCUCUCAAAGCAUUAUCAACGCCACUAACUCUGCUCUUAGAUUGAUGCGCUGGAACCAACACUCGUUAUUUGUUCUCCUUGGCUCGUUCUCCAACUACCUCCUUUCCAGUUCCUCUGUACCAGUGAUGGUCGCACGCCGAAAACUGAAGAGACAUACUUGGAAAGAGAAACUCAAGGGUACUGCGAAUGUGCGCCUAUCCAAUAAUCUAAUAACCCCAAAGAGCCUUUCUCAGGCGAAGGUGGACUGA